CUAAGCAUGCUCCUGAACGUGAUGAAACCAGGAGACGAGGACAUGGCCAGAUAAGGCAACAUAGGGGCGGCUUCACGCGACCAAGCUUCCCCGCAUUUGCGCAGGAUGGACAUUCCGUAUCCAUCCAACUGGCUAGGGUCUUUUAAUCCCUAGUGGCUGCAGCCCUAGCGUCAAGCCACCCCUAGUUUACUACAUAUUCCAGAGGGAUGGACACACCGUUCGAUACGCCGUCUGGAAUCUCUUUGUUUUCCAAAACACUAUCACUAUGGACACCAAAGACGAGAAGAGUUUCGAGGAGGUCGCCGAGGAUGAUGUCCAGCUGGCGCAAAUGGGCCACAGGCCCGAAUUGAAACGGAAUUUCUCAACCCUGUCCAUGCUGGGCUUGGCGUUUGCGGUUUUAAAUUCCUGGACGGCACUUUCGGCCAGUUUAUCGAUCAGCUUGACUUCGGGUGGGAGUACGAGUGUAAUUUGGGGGCUGAUCACUGCUGGAACCUGCAACCUCUGCAUUGCGGCCUCUUUGGCCGAGUUUCUGUCUGCUUAUCCGACGGCGGGUGGUCAGUAUCAUUGGGUGGCAGCAGUCUCCUGGCCGGAAUGGGUUCCGAUAUUGUCGUGGGUGACUGGCUGGGUCAAUGUCGCGGGAUGGGUUGCCCUGGUAGCUACCAACUGUCUCUUGUCGGCCCAACUCAUUGCCGGCAUCGUAUCCUCUGUAUACCCGGGUUUCGUGUGGCAGCGCUGGCAGCAGUUUCUGAUCUACGUGGGAUAUACACUGCUGGCAUUCGUCGUUAACGCGUUCAUGAACUCCAUCCUCCCAAUCAUAUAUCGCGGUGCCUUGACGUGGUCGCUGGGUGGCUUCGUACUUGUCUCCAUCACACUCCUCGCGUGCGCGUCGCCGGAUUACAACUCUGCUUACUUCGUCUUUUGUGAAUUUGUCAACAACACUGGCUGGCCUGAUGGGGUUGCUUGGAUGCUGGGGCUUCUUCAAGGAGGAUUGGGAGUUACGGCGUUUGACGCCGUUGUACACAUGAUCGAGGAAAUUCCCCAACCAUCUAUCAGAGGGCCGAAGAUCAUGGUCGGCUGUGUUGGAAUUGGAACGUUUACCGGAACCGUCUUCCUCAUUGUUCUUCUAUUCGUCGCAGGCAACAUUAAAGAUGCGAUCGACUCAGAAGCAGGACCGCUGCUACAGAUUCUCCUGCAUGCGACAAAGAACACCGCGGGUGGCAUCUGCCUUCUAAUGCUCCCCCUCGUGUGUCUGGCUUUUGCGACCCUCAGCGUCAUGACAACGAGUAGCCGGAUGAUCUUCGCAUUCGCAAGAGACGGCGGUCUUCCGGCCUCGCGCUUCUUCGCGCACGUUCAUCCCAAGCUUGGGCUCCCUCUAAACGCGCUGGGCCUGAGCUCUGUGGUUGUCGUGAUUUUCGGCCUGAUCUACUUGGGUUCGACAAGCGCCUUCAACGCGAUCAUCUCGUCUUCUGUCGUAGCGCUGGAUUUGUCGUAUGCCAUGCCCAUUGCCGUCAACUGUCUCCGUGGACGCAAGACGCUUCCGGAUAGGAAGUGGAAGGUCCCUAAUAUGAUUGGAUGGGUGAUUGAUAUUAUCUCGCUCUCUUACAUUGCCUUGACGACAGUGCUUUUCCUGUUCCCUCCCUCGCGAGUGGUGACAGGUAGCAGUAUGAAUUAUUGUGUCGUUGCGUUUGGAAUCAUCUUGAUUGUAUCGGUAGUACAGUGGAUUGUGGAUGGGAGGAAGAAUUUCACCGGGCCCCGGAUGGAUAUCAACGCAUAGUUUGUGGCCAAUGUGGUGAGGAUAGAUGCAGU